AUGUCAUACACAACGCGCAUUGCGCAGGUCACAGGCCACCUCAACUUCCCCAAGGGCUUACUUGCCGGACAAGUAGCCAUUAUAACAGGCUCGGGUCAAGGCAUUGGCGCAGAAGCUGCACGGCUGUUUGCAAAUGAGGGCGCCAAGGUUGUUGUAUCGGACAUUGACGCAGAAAAGGCAAAGAAUGUUGCAGACAAAAUCAAUGAAUCUGGUGGCAGUGCCAUCUCUGUACCAGGUGACAUGCUAGACGACAACUACAUCAACGAGCUCGUAAAGAAAGCAGCGGAGUUUGGAAGCGGGAAGAUCCAUAUCAUAGUCAACAACGCCGGCUAUACCUGGGAUGGCGUGAUACACAAGACCACAGACAAGCAGUGGGAUACCAUACUGGCUCUUCAUAAUACCGCCCCCUUCAAGCUCGUCCGCGCCGCAGCCCCCUACUUCCGCGUCAAAGACGGUGAGCCGCGCAACAUCAUCAACAUCUCCUCGACCUCCGGCCUGCACGGCAACGCCGGCCAAGCCAACUACGCCCUCGCCAAAGCCGGCGUCGUCGGCCUCACCAAAACCAUUGCGAAAGAGUGGGGUCCACAGUACGGCGUGCGCGCCAACACGAUCGCGUUUGGCUUCAUCCUGACAAGGCUUACGGCUGCGAAGGAGGAGGGCGCGUUCAUCACGACGCCGGAGGGCGAGAAGGUCGCGCUGGGGAUCCCGCAGGCGCAGAAGAAGGCGAGGGCAGGGCCGGGAGAGGAACAUGCGGACAUUCCACUGAGGAGGCCUGGGACAGCGACGGAGGCGGCGAGUGCGAUCCUGGCGGUUUGCAGCCCGUUGAUGAGUUAUGUUACUGGGCAGACGAUUAGCGUGACUGGAGGAAGGAAUAUGUAG